CGGAGCAUAUCCCCCCAAAAUUAAACCAAAAGAAUUACAUUUAAUUUCUUCUGAAAAUGUCGUCUGCUUCCUCUCAAAAGAACCUCCCGCUGCGGGAAAUCCCCGGCGGCUAUGGAUUACCAUUCUUCGGGGCGAUUAAGGAUCGCUACGAUUUCUUCUACAACCUAGGAGUUGACCGGUAUUUCAGAACCCGAAUGGAGAAGUAUAAAUCCACUGUUUUUAGAUGCAACAUGCCACCUGGUCCGUUCAUGGCCAAAAACUCCAAGGUUGUUGCCCUAGUCGACGCUGUCAGCUUCCCCAUCCUUUUCGACGUCUCCAAGGUGGAGAAACGAGACAUUUUCCAAGGCACGUACAUGGCGUCCACCAAAUUCACCGGCGGCCACCGCGUCUGCUCCUUCCUCGACCCCUCCGAGCCCAAACACGCCACCCUCAAGGCCCUGUUCCUCCGCACCCUCGCCAAAUUGCACCACAGGUUUCUACCGCUGUUCUCCAGUGUAACAGACGACAUAUUCGCGCAAAUCGAGGGAGAGUUGGGUAAGAAAGGCGAGUCUAACUUCAACAACGUUAACGAUGUCAAGGCGUUUGAGUUCUUGUUUCGAUUGUACUGCAAUGAUGUCAAGCCGGCCGAUACAAAACUCGGGGCCAACGCGGGUAACUUGGUCACCAAAUGGCUACUCCCGCAGAUCGCGCCGGUUACCUCGUUGGGACUCAAAUGGCUCCCGGGUUUCAUCGAGGACUUGUUUCUCCACACGUUUCCCAUCCCGUUUUUCCUAGUAAAAUCCCACUACGACAAAAUGUACGACGCUUUCCACAACAACCUCGGACCCCUCCUCGACGACGCCGAGAAGGCCGGCCUCAAAAGAGACGAGGCCUGCCACAACUUCGUCUUCUUCGUCUGCUUCAACUCCUACGCCGCCUUCAAGUUCUUCCUCCCCGAGCUCCUCAAGCACGUCGGCUCCGCCGGCGAGGCCCUCCACCGCCACCUGGCGGAGGAGAUCCGCCGCGCGGUGGAGAGAGAAGGCGGGAAAAUCACGGUCAACGCGCUAAACAACAUGCCGUUGACCGAAUCCGCAAUCUGGGAGGCUCUCAGGAUCGAGCCGCCAAUCCGGUACCAGUACGCAAAAGCCAAAGAGGAUAUAAUAAUCCAAAGCCACGACGCUUCGUAUCUCGUCAAGAAAGGAGAAACCAUAUUCGGAUUCCAACCCUUCGCCACCAAAGAUCCCAAGAUUUUCGAAAACCCGGAUAAGUAUAUCCCGGAUAGAUUUGUUGGGGAGGGGAAAAGGUUGAUCGAGUAUGUUUACUGGUCUAAUGGGAAAGGGACGGACAUUCCGGGGGCUAAUGACAAGCAGUGUCUGGGAAGGGAAAUGAUUAUUCUACUUUCACGGCUGUUCUUAGCGGAGCUUUUCCUCCGUUACGAUACAUUCGUUGUUGAAGUUUCAAAUUACUUGUUCAGCUACACCGUUACAUUCAAGUCCCUAACCAAAGCUUCUUCAUCUACAUAGAAGGGAUUAAACUGCACGGGUCAUGUUGUGGUAUUAGAGAAAUGCUAUUUUCAACCUAUAAAUUUACUUAUUAAUAAUGUUUACAUACUUAAUGAGUUGAAAAUAAAACUUUAUUUGUAUAUUAA